GCAGCAAUGAAGGAGGAGGCGCGCUUUUUUCUCUGCCUGCAACUUUUGACGGCUUGUCUGGUGUUUGCACAAAACGGUGAUUACUGUGAGGUGAAUGUGUGCAGUAAUGGCGGCACCUGCAUGAUCGGGGCAGGAAGUCGGUUCAUCUGUCUCUGCCCUGACGGCUUCUCUGGAGACACCUGCAACGAGACUGAGACUGGACCCUGCAACCCCAACCCGUGCAAGAACGAUGCCACCUGCGAGUUGACCGGCCAAUCCCGCCGAGGUGACGUCUUCAGCGACUUCGUCUGCAAGUGCCAGCCGGGUUUUGAGGGAGUCUACUGCCAGAACAGUGUCCAAGGGGCAGAUUUAAACUCUGAAAAAGAUGUGAACGACUGCGCUGGCCAGCCAUGUGAGAACGGAGGCACCUGCAGGGACCUGGAGGGAGACUUUAAAUGCCACUGUCCUUCCCCUUAUGUGGGCAAACACUGCCAACUGCGCUGUAUUUCCUUGCUUGGCAUGGAGGGAGGGGGCAUCGCUGAGUCCCAGAUCUCAGCCUCCUCGGUCCGCUACAGCCUGCUUGGCCUGCAGCGCUGGGGCCCUGAGCUCGCACGCCUCAACCACAAGGGACUGGUCAAUGCCUGGAGCGCCGCUGCACAUGACAGGAACCCAUGGAUCCAGAUCAACCUGCAGAGGAAGAUGCGCUUCACAGGUAUCGUGACACAGGGUGCCAGUCGCAUGGGGACCGCUGAAUUCAUCAAGGCCUUUAAGGUGGCAUCCAGCCUGGACGGCAAGAUAUACACCAUGUACAGAACUGAAGGAGAGAGGAAGGACCAUGUAUUUGCAGGAAAUGUCGAUAACGACGGUACCAAGACCAACCUGUUUGACCCUCCAAUCAUUGCUCAGCACAUCCGCAUCAUCCCUGUGGUGUGUCGCAAGGCCUGCACUCUGCGCAUGGAGCUGGUCGGCUGUGAGCUCAACGGUUGUUCAGAGCCGAUGGGCAUGAAGUCCCGGUUGGUGUCUAACCGCCAGAUCACGGCCUCCAGCACCUUCCGCACCUGGGGCAUCGAGGCCUUCACCUGGCACCCUCACUACGCCCGGCUGGACAAACAGGGCAAGACCAACGCCUGGACCGCCGCUACCAACAACAGAUCUGAGUGGCUGCAGGUGGACCUGCAGUCUCCCAAGAAGGUCACAGGAAUCAUCACACAGGGGGCCAAAGACUUCGGCUCCAUCCAGUUUGUCACAGCCUUCAAAGUGGCUCACAGCGAUGACGGGCUGUACUGGACCAUAGUGAAGGAUGAGACCACAAGGACAGACAAGAUCUUUCCAGGCAACAGCGACAACAACGUCCACAAAAAGAACAUCUUUGAGCCGCCGUUCUACAGCCGAUACGUCCGCAUCCUGCCGUGGGAGUGGCACGAGCGCAUCACCCUGCGAAUUGAGCUUCUGGGCUGUGACGAGUAGCGCCACCCUUAACGCACCUCCCCCUCCUCCUCCUCUUCCUCCUCCUCUCUCUACCUCCUCCCCUCUUCCCUCCUCCUCUUCCUUCCCCCCCUCUCCUCCUCCUCCUGAGCCACACCUGCACUGCCUUGCUCUCAGCCCUAGGGGGCAGCAAACACCAGAGUAGCACACCACCACCCAAACCCUUGCUGGUUGGAGGUGGGACAUGUUACCCCUGACCACUGUUACCAGGGCAAUAACUGGGUUAAAGUCCAUUUGUGUCCUCGCUUUAUUAAUUUCCUGAACUGAUUUCUCAUCUCAACCACCUGAACCAGAUGAGAGAUCACUUCAAGAAAGAAAGAAAGAAAUAAAAAGGGGCAGCAUAUCUUCUUUUUUAACUAAGCAGAGUUGGGGUCAGAUCUUUUCCCACCUGCUGGCUAAACCACAGUUGGUGACUCCCUCCUCCCUGUGUCAGAGGUCAGGGGUAACAGGACUGCUGCUAUUAUCAGUUGGUGCUGCCUAAAACUCUGAUCCUAGAUCAGCUCUACCUGGAACGUCAAACCUCCAAGACCCAUGGCUGGUGAUGUACAUAAGCUCCUCUACACAGCUUCACACGUCCUAUAACCAAACCCUUCAUCUCCCCUCGAGACACACACAGAACACACAGAAUAUAUUUUAUCUUUUAAAGACGACAUCGAUACUCGUGGUUGAUUUCAUUUUUCUUCAUCAAAAAAGUGAAUCUUUAUAAGCUGCUUAAAGUCAUUUAUUUACAAGAUAGCUAAAAAACCAAUUUACAGUCAAUUUUGAGGUAGUUUUUCUGUUUGUUGAGAUAAAAUAACUAAACUUAAAAAAAAAACAGCUCAAGGUUGUCCCACUGUGUGAGGUGCAGUAUUUUUAGUGUUUCCUUGCAGUGGUUUCAUUCAGUACAUGACUCCUACAGUGUGUUUGUUUGAGCUGCACACUGUAAGGAGUAAACACAGCGUUCACUUAAGUAAAAGUCAAACUUACAUUAUACGUGCAGCAGCCAAUAACAGAGAGGAAAAUCCCCAAUUUUCCACAAAUCGUUAACUUUACUGAAAUGCUACACAAGUUUUUUUUUUUGUAGUUGUUGUUGUUUGGCCAAAUCAGAGUCAGGUCAUUUCGUUUCUGUGGCUUUAAUUAUGAAAAAAGUCGUUUAUGGUGGAGUCAUGCAGACAAAGAGAGGACUCAAACACAUUACAUCUGUCAUUGUGUGACAUAAUCUUUCAAUGAAUCAUCACAGUACCCGUCAGUUUAGCGGCCAAACAGAUGUGAGCUCAAAGCCUGAGGAGACGCGCCCUCACUGACAGACAGGAUGUUAAAAACAAAGGACGAAAAGAGCUGGAGAUCGUCGCUCAGUGAGAGAGAGAAGAGAGACGCUUUUAUUGCUCUUGAGGAAACGAACGAUGAGCUGUUGACUGAGAUUUACACACACAGUUGUCAUUAGCUGAAAAACACAGACGCCCUACUCAACAAGUCAUGUUUUUAAAGUCUAAAGUUACAAACUUAUUUCACCUUUUAGCAAAACAGUUUCUGACAUAUUACAUUAUCGAGAUAUCAACAUGAUCAUAUUAUAUAUUUUUACACGUGACACUUUAUACGGUUUUUCAUGUUAUUGGCUGCCACAGCACAGGCGCAUCAUUUAUUCAAAAAGAGUCACGUUUACGCAUUAAUUAGUCUUGUCCUUUACAGGCCGUUUGAAGUUGAGUGAUUAUGGAAGGAACGUGUGUUGACAUACUUCUCGGCGUCUCCGCGAUUCUUCACAUCUGUAAAUCCAUUUUCUAUUUUAUCGCUGAUAUGACAAACCGCCAUCAACGUAUCAUACAUCACACACGUGUUUUUUGCCAGAAUGACAGUAUUAAAUCAAUAUAAUGAUAAAAAUAAUGAUAUGAGACUUUAGACUUAGAAAACUUGAACGUGCUCCGAGAGGCAGUUUAUGGUGCGAAUGCAUUUAUUAGUGAUGGGAUGUAGAGUGUAGGCUGCGUUAAUGAUGGAUGUUAUCGUCUCAGGUCACAGCGGAUCUGCUCCUUGUGUACAUUUAAAUGCUACUGAAACGCUUAAACACGCGCGACAAAUUGUAAUGAAACUCACUCGCUUGUGCUUCUAGUUGUGUUCACCCAGUUUCACUUUUUUAUUAUUAUUAUUAUUAUUAGUUUAUUAUUAUUAUGGCACUUUGGUGUUUGUGUUUUUGACAUUUUGAAAAUAUCUGAAAACCAAAAAAAAAAAAAAAAGCUAAAAAAAAAGAAAAGGAACAGUAUUUGUGCAUUGAAGAACAAACAGUAAACAUUAAACAUAUUCAACAUCAUUACAUGUAGAGGU